AUGGCCAUCAAAUCCCUUUCUCCAAAACUUCUCAAAAACCUCCGUUUUUUCAUUAGACCUCUCAACUCCUCCACCUCUUCCUCCUCCAUCUCCGCCAUCUCCUCACUUAACUUGGCUCAAAAACCCGAACCCGCCCUUGCCCCUGCCUCCGCCACGGUAACCAAAGCACCAUCAAUUCUAGAUUUAAACAAUCAUCAAAGCCUUUUCUCCUCUAUACCCACUAAAAAGCUUUUACAUGCUUCUCUUAUCCUUCAAAUGGCGGCUUUAGAGCCUAUAGUUGAUUUGGGCAUGUGGGUUCUGAAUUCGAGGUUGAUGGAGAUGGAAAUCGUACGUAAUGUUAUAUUGGGAGUUGUACGACGCAGUUUUUAUGAACAUUUCUGUGGUGGUGAAAAUAGUUUCGAGGCUGUAAAGUGUGUAAGGAGAUUGAAUGAGUUUGGAUUAAGAGCUAUGAUGGAUUUUGCUGUGGAGUUUACUGUUGAUAAUGAUGCUUGUGAUCGGAAUUUUAAUGGGUUUCUUCAAGCUAUUGAAGCAGCUAAAUCUCUUCCUUCAUCUUCUGUGAGUUCUGUGGUUGUAAAGAUAACAGCAAUUUGCCCUCUGAACCUACUUGAGAGGAUUAGUGAUCAAUUGAGGUGGCAACAGAAAGACCCAUCUUUAAAUCUUCCAUGGAAAGAUGACACUUUUCCAAUUUUCUCUAAUUCAAGCCCUUUAUAUCACACACUAAAAAAACCAGAACCAUUAACCAUUGAAGAAGAAGAAGGUCUUCUCUUAGCCCAACAAAGACUACUCAAACUGUGCGAAAAAUGUGUUGAAGCCAAUUUACCAUUAGUGAUUGAUGCAGAGCACACAGCAGUUCAACCUGCAAUUGACUACUUGACGUAUUUAUCAGCAAUUAAGUAUAAUAAAGAUGACAAUCCAAUUGUCUAUGGAACGAUUCAAGCUUAUUUGAAAGAUGCAAAAGAGAGAUUGUUAUUAGCAACAAAAGCAGCUGAUAAAACGGGAGUUCCUAUGGGAUUCAAGUUAGUAAGAGGUGCUUAUAUGUCAAGUGAAAGAAAAUUAGCAUCUUCUUUAGGAUAUGAAUCUCCAAUUCAUAAUUCCAUUCAAGAAACUCAUGAUUGCUUCAAUGAUUGUGCUUCUUUCUUGCUUGAAACGAUCUCUAAUGGCUCGCAUGGAGUCAUUUUGGCAACACAUAAUGUUGAAUCAGGGAAAUUGGCUGCAAAAAGAGCAAUAGAGUUGGGAAUUGGGACUGGAAAUUAUCAGAAGCUUGAGUUUGCACAGCUAUAUGGAAUGGCAGAAGUGCUUUCUUUGAGUCUAAAAAAUGCAGGUUUUCAAGUAAGCAAGUAUAUGCCUUAUGGACCUAUAGAUACAGUUAUACCAUAUCUUCUAAGGAGAGCUGAAGAAAACAGGGGACUCUUAUCUGCUUCAAGCCUUGACAGAGACCUCUUUAGGAAGGAAUUGACCAGAAGACUAAAAGCUGCAAUCUUUUAG